UCAAGAAGAAGAGUAAUGUGUACAUUUUUGUGUCGCUCUUUUUGCCAAAUUUAAGAAUUGAAAACCAUAGUUAGUUGUGAGAUUGCAACUUAUCGCUUUCAAAGCAAGUUCCCCAGCGCACAUUAGUGUUCUGGGCUGCUCUGGAAACAAGCUUUCAGCCACCUUUCGUCUCCAACACUCAGCGGAUAUGGCACGCCCAAUUUUUCCCAAUCAGCAGAAGAUAGCUGAGAAACUAAUCAUCUUAAACGACCGCGGCCUGGGCAUUCUAACGCGGAUAUACAACAUAAAGAAGGCCUGUGGGGACACCAAAUCAAAGCCCGGCUUUCUAUCCGAAAAGUCUUUGGAGUCUAGCAUUAAGUUCAUUGUGAAGCGUUUCCCCAACAUCGAUGUGAAGGGCCUGAAUGCCAUCGUCCACAUCAAAGCGGAGAUCAUCAAGUCGUUGUCCCUUUAUUACCACACGUUCGUGGACCUGCUCGACUUUAAGGACAAUGUCUGCGAGCUACUCACCACUAUGGACGCUUGCCAGAUUCACCUGGACAUUACACUUAAUUUCGAGCUUACCAAGUAUUACUUGGACUUGGUUGUGACCUACGUGUCACUGAUGAUUGUCCUAUCUAGAGUCGAAGACCGCAAGGCAGUGUUGGGCCUUUACAAUGCAGCCUACGAGCUGCAGAACAGCCAGGCUGACUCGGGAUUUCCCCGCUUGGGACAGAUGAUUCUCGAUUACGAGGUCCCGCUGAAAAAGCUGGCAGAAGAAUUUAUUCCUCACCAGCGGUUGCUAUCAAGCGCGCUGCGCUCGUUAACCUCCAUCUACGGACUACGAAACCUGCCGGCAGACAAGUGGAGGGAGAUGCAAAAGCUGAGUCUGGUUGGCAAUCCGGCUACACUUCUCAAGGCCGCGCGCACGGACACCAUGUCAUGCGAAUACAUCUCCCUGGAGGCAAUGGACCGCUGGAUUAUUUUUGGCCUGCUGCUGAACCACCAAAUGCUCGGUCAAUACCCGGAGGUCAACAAGAUUUGGUUGUCCGCUUUGGAGUCCAGUUGGGUGGUGGCUCUUUUCCGCGACGAGGUUUUGCAAAUUCACCAGUACAUUCAGUCUACCUUUGACGGAAUAAAAGGAUACAGCAAGCGCAUUGGCGAGGUUAAGGAAGCAUACAACACCGCGGUUCAAAAAGCUGCUUUAAUGCAUCGCGAGCGACGCAAAUUCCUACGAACUGCAUUGAAGGAGCUUGCCCUUAUAAUGACAGAUCAACCAGGACUGCUAGGACCAAAAGCAAUAUUUAUUUUCAUCGGUCUUUGUCUUGCUCGCGAUGAAAUCCUUUGGCUUCUCAGACACAAUGACAAUCCGCCUCUGCUCAAGAAUAAAGGAAAAAGCAAUGAGGAUCUGGUGGACAGGCAGCUGCCAGAGCUUCUCUUUCAUAUGGAGGAACUGCGCGCACUGGUGCGUAAAUAUAGUCAGGUUAUGCAGCGGUACUACGUGCAGUACCUGUCUGGCUUUGAUGCCACGGAUCUUAAUAUACGAAUGCAGAGCCUGCAAAUGUGUCCGGAAGACGAGAGCAUAAUCUUUAGCUCGUUGUACAACACAGCUGCCGGGCUGACAGUAAAGCAGGUUGAGGAUAACGAGCUAUUCUACUUCCGACCGUUCCGUUUGGACUGGUUCCGACUACAAACGUACAUGAGCGUUGGAAAGGCUGCCCUCAGGAUCACAGAGCACGCUGAACUUGCGCGGCUUUUGGACUCAAUGGUGUUCCACACUCGAGUGGUUGAUAAUUUGGACGAGAUACUGGUGGAGACAUCGGAUCUUAGUAUUUUCUGCUUCUAUAACAAAAUGUUUGACGACCAAUUCCACAUGUGCUUGGAAUUCCCCGCCCAAAACCGCUAUAUCAUUGCCUUCCCCUUGAUCUGCAGCCACUUCCAAAACUGCACGCACGAAAUGUGCCCGGAGGAGCGUCACCACAUACGCGAAAGGUCUCUCAGCGUGGUAAACAUCUUCCUUGAGGAAAUGGCGAAAGAGGCUAAAAACAUUAUAACCACAAUUUGCGACGAACAAUGCACUAUGGCAGACGCUCUCUUACCUAAGCACUGUGCUAAGAUCUUGUCCGUCCAGUCCGCCCGCAAGAAGAAGGACAAGUCAAAGUCAAAGCAUUUCGACGACAUUCGUAAGCCGGGUGACGAGUCUUACCGAAAGACGCGGGAGGAUCUAACGACCAUGGACAAGUUGCACAUGGCCUUAACGGAGCUCUGUUUCGCUAUCAACUAUUGUCCCACUGUCAACGUGUGGGAGUUUGCGUUCGCCCCUCGCGAGUAUCUCUGCCAGAACCUGGAGCACCGCUUCUCCCGGGAUCUUGUAGGCAUGGUCAUGUUUAACCAGGAGACAAUGGAGAUCGCCAAGCCUUCGGAGCUGCUGGCCAGCGUUCGAGCCUACAUGAAUGUGCUGCAGACCGUGGAAAACUACGUGCACAUAGACAUAACACGAGUCUUCAACAAUUGCUUGUUACAGCAAACGCAGGCCCUGGACUCUCAUGGCGAAAAGACUAUCGCCGCUUUGUACAACACCUGGUAUAGUGAGGUUUUACUGAGGCGAGUAUCGGCCGGCAACAUCGUGUUCUCCAUCAACCAAAAGGCAUUUGUACCCAUCUCUCCAGAAGGCUGGGUUCCUUUCAACCCGCAGGAAUUUUCUGAUCUUAACGAGCUUCGAGCACUAGCAGAACUUGUGGGACCUUAUGGUAUCAAAACGCUGAACGAAACCCUAAUGUGGCACAUAGCCAAUCAGGUGCAGGAGCUGAAGUCGCUGGUAGGCACCAACAAGGAAGUGCUUAUCACACUGCGCACCAGCUUUGAUAAACCUGAAGUGAUGAAAGAGCAAUUUAAGCGACUGCAGGACGUGGACCGCGUGCUGCAGCGUAUGACGAUCAUUGGGGUGAUUAUAUGCUUCCGCAAUUUGGUGCACGAGGCUCUCGUUGAUGUACUUGACAAGCGCAUACCCUUCCUGCUCAGCUCUGUUAAGGACUUUCAGGAGCACUUGCCCGGAGGGGACCAGAUCCGCGUUGCCUCCGAGAUGGCCUCGGCAGCCGGUCUGCUUUGCAAAGUGGAUCCCACUCUGGCCACGACGCUAAAGUCAAAGAAGCCAGAAUUCGAUGAAGGUGAGCAUCUAACUGCCUGCCUUCUGAUGGUCUUUGUGGCCGUCUCCAUUCCAAAACUGGCCCGGAACGAGAACUCCUUCUACAGGGCCACCAUCGAUGGGCACUCAAACAACACGCACUGCAUGGCGGCGGCCAUAAAUAACAUCUUCGGAGCCUUGUUCACCAUCUGCGGGCAGAGCGACAUGGAAGACCGCAUGAAGGAGUUUCUCGCUCUUGCCAGCUCCUCCCUUCUCCGCUUGGGCCAGGAGUCCGAUAAAGAGGCAACUCGCAACCGCGAAUCCAUCUACUUGCUGCUCGACGAGAUCGUCAAGCAAUCGCCCUUCCUCACAAUGGAUCUGCUGGAAUCCUGCUUCCCCUACGUUCUCAUACGCAACGCGUAUCAUGGCGUUUACAAGCAGGAACAGAUCUUGGGACUGGCGCUCUAAAAGCGGCAGCGCUCUGUGCCCCUAGUGUACUCCGAAUAUUGCUUACGUAGUUUACUCGCCGGUCGACUGUCGAUCACUAUGCUUAUCUAAUAUACUUUACAACUGUUAAACAUACCCUAAUGUAUUCUAGACACUGCAUUUUUAUACUCGUACUACUUCGAAUAAAGUGCUUAUGUAAACCAAAA